AUGAUACAAAAUAACGAGAAAUUGAGUGAAUAUAGUUCUUGCACUACAGUAAAACCUGUAGAAAAACCAGUGUUUAUGAAUAAUCCAAGCCCUCAUAAAAUAGCUACUCAACCGAUUGACAAUUUUAAGUUUGGGUAUAGUGCACAAAAUCUUGAGAAUUCGGAGAAGCUAAAAGCUUUUUCAUCGAUUAUCGUUGAUAAUUCUGAUCACGAUCAGAAAGUUCAUUCCACUAAAGAUAUACAGUUUUCUUUUGAUACAUUCGGUAAAUUACCUAUCCAAGGAAAACAAUCAGAAUCAUCCGUUCGUGGCGAAUCUCUUUUACAAACAAAUCAUGAACCUCAAUUCAAAUUAUCAUCUCAGUCCGAAGUUAUUAACAGUUAUAGUGACUUCAAAGGUUUUAAACCGAGUACAGUAACUAGUGUAGAUUCGUCUUACGAACAGUCCCAGUUACUAGACAGCAUCAAUUUUAAAUUCUCGUGCACCGCUUCAAACACUGCAGUUUCAGAUAAUCCUUUGUUCUCAAAUGUUUUUGAGAGAAAUAAUGCAUUGUUUUCCCCCUCAAAUCCAAGCAAUUCGACGGGUUUAAACACGAUUACGAGUAUUUCUUUGAAUUUUCCCAACCAACAGGAAACUGGUGCGUUUAAUUUCAAUUCAGCUUUUCAAAUGACCAAGGAUGUAAUGCUAUCCACCACUUCACCUCAAUUUUCAAACCAUGACGCUCCUGUAAACAAUGAAAUUCGGAAAAAGGUACAGGCAGUCCGCCGCUUACGUCGAUGA